AAAACUCAAAUCAAAACCACGCACACCCAAAACCUCGGCAGGACCAUCCCGUCCUCCGUUGUUCCUAUCACCACCUUUUGUAAAUGCAUCCAUUGCCGAUGGAAGUUUCAAGAAAAUUGUAGUCUUGCCGAAAUACGUUGAUGAGAAUGAGUGGUUGGCUGCCAAUGUUUUCGAAUUCUACACGUAUCUUAACUUGUUCUAUGGAUCGAUUGCUGACUUUUGCACUUUAGACAGUUGUCCAACUAUGGGAGCUGGUGUAUAUCCGGACUAUCUAUGGGUCGAUCCACAUACAAGAAAGGGUUCUAAAGUACCGGCUCGAACAUACAUAGAUUACGCCAUGACGUGGAUUGAUAAUAAUAUUAAUGAUGAAAGUGUGUUUCCCACAAAAGCAGAUCGUGACUUUACCAGAGACUUUCAACAGACUGUGCGAGCAAUCUUCAAACAAUCAUUCCGCGUCUUUGCUCACAUCUAUCAUCACCACUACGAACAAAUCCUUAAUCUCUGCGAAGAAGGUCACCUUAACGCUUUAUUUGCACAUUUUGUUUCCUUUGGAAAAGAGUUUAAUUUAUUGGAUAAAAAGGAUAUAGCUCCGUUAGAGGACUUGAUCGAAACCAUGGUGACUAACGGAAUGAUUGGCUAA